AUGAUUUCAACAGAGCUUCCUAUCCUUGAAAAGCUAUUAAGUAUAAGAGCAAAAUUGUCAGCUGUCAAGCGUGACCGUUCCAGCUACUUGAAAGUAGAGGAUAUUAUGCCUUUAAGACUAGAGGCAGAAACUGAAAUGAAGGCGUUAAGCGAACUGAGAGGUGGUAGACUGUUGGACGAAUCACGCGAAUUGAACAGAACGGACGAUGUGUUGGACGAGAUUCUGCAAAUGGUGAGUUUAUGCUUCCUGUCACUUGGUAAAAAGCGAGAACUUCCUGCUAUUUAUUCGCAAGUAGUCGCCAUCAAGCACAUUUUUGAUCGUUUAGAAUCAUUUGGUGUGUAUGAGGAACAAUAUCUCAAACCAUACAAGGUCAAGCUGGACGAAAUAAACAAAAUUUUGAAUGUGGAUGAGAAGAGUCAGGUUUUGCCCGAGACUGUAAUGCAAGUCUUGAAAUACAAAUAUAGACAAUGUGUCCGAAUCUACGAACAUUUGAUUGAUACAAUUCAUGAAGUGGACCCUGAACUCAUUCCUAUUAGAGACAGUUUACUACGUAUCCGACAUCAGUUAACGAGCAUAUGUUGCCGCAGCGAAUAUAAGCCCAGCGAUAUUAUACCAUUACAGGAAAAGAUUAAAGAAAUAGAUGAUAAGCGAGAGAAUGGCAAAUUUCUUGGGCAAAACAAUUCCAUUCCUCCAGGCCAAGCUGUGUUAGUAGGCUUAUUGGAAAAUCUCUACUUUUGGUCGCAUGAUUUAGUCAUCGCCUGCAGCGAAGAUUUUUCUCCGUCGCUUCAAAGUAUUCGCGAGCGCUUGUUGGAAAUUAAAAAUCAUCUAGAACGCUUAGAAUUGACACAUAAAUGGACUCUGCGUCAAACCGAUCUGUUUACGUACCAACAUCAACUCCACGACAUUGUAAAAAUGAAGAAAGUGAGCAGCAAGUUCGUAGACCAAAAUGGACAGGCUCCCGAAGGUCAAACAAUAUUGGAAUUUUUGCUGAACAGAUGUUACAGAAUGAUCUUCAUUUUGUUGAGUGAGAGUGUACCUGUUUCUGAGGCAUUAACGCCCGUGUAUAAUCAAUUGACAACCGUGCGUCAAUGUUUAUUAGCAGUCAAAAAGACCGGCGCACCAUGCUCAUCGGAAGAACUUUAUCCAUACCAAAUGAAGUUGACGAGUAUAGAGAGUUUACGAAAGGAUGGUAAAUUCUAUGACGAUAGAGGACAUAUUCCAGAAGGUAAACGAGAAGAGAAGAUUUGUGGUUGGUUUCAUAUAACAGAAACUCACCAUCGCGUUUCAUAUAACUGUAUACUAGGCCAAGCUUUAUGUGUGGACUUGCUGGAAGAUUGCUAUCAUUUGCUGGCAUGCUUACGUGAUGCUGCUACUGACGAUGAUAAUACUAGUAGUAGUCAACAACAGACGCAGGAAACCCUUUCAGCUAACUAA